AUGGACAUCCAGAGAUUUGAGCAAAAAUUGUUGGACUUAUGCGAAGACAGGCGAAGACACACGGACACGGGAGGAGGCGGACGGAGAUGGCGAGAAACGCCCGGCAGAUUUAAGCAUAGACGGGCCGGAGACACCCUAAGACAACAGAAGACAGGCGGAGAUGGGUCGGAGACGACCAGAAACGGGCGUAGAUGGGAGACCGGAAAUUUGAUAUUUGGUGUUAGGCUCCAAAAUCACCGAAAAAGUAUCAUAAAGCGAGCAUACUCAGAUUUUGUCCCAAUGGAACUUAAAAAUCACUGGAGAAUGGCGACCCUUUCGACUAUCGGCGUCGCCGGAGAACGUUAUUUUCUAGCGGACUCUUGGAACUUGAGAGCGACAAUGGAGAUUGCAAAAAAGAAGUGCAAAGAUGGAUUUCUCAAAUCUAAAUCGGAACUUGAGAGCAGCCAUGGGGAUGGCAGUAUUCGGUAG